AUGGCGACACCAGCAACGCCGGCCCAUGGCCGGUCACAGGCACUGGAUGACUUGAUCAUGGGGACAAACAGCAGCAGCAUCGUCUCCAAAAGGAGCGUCGAACGUUUGUACUACCCCGACGAGACGCACUUCUUUCGCUACUUCGUCAAGAAGUUCCAGAGGAGGGCGCCGCUCAUCAACCGCGGCUACUGGCUGAGACUGCGAGCCAUCGAUGUUGUGGUCCGCCAGUUCCUCACACGCCCGUCGGGCCGCAAGAAGCUUGUGAUCAAUCUCGGCUGUGGAAGCGAUGUGCUGCCUUGGCAGUGUCAUGCCCGUCAUAGCUCAGCAUGCGACCAGGUCCUAUUCAUAGACAUUGACUAUCCGGAUCUCAUGCACAAGAAGCGCGCCAUUGUAUUGGAGACGCCCGAGCUGAAGGAGCUACUCGGACAAGACUUUAUUGUCGGCGAGAGCGACAUUCUCUUGCGCAGCGAACGGUACUGUCAAAUAGGCUGCGACCUUCGACAGCUCCAGAGACUGCGUGCAACACUGGAGACCUUCCUGUCGCUCGACGACUGUGACGUCCUCUUUGUAGCCGAAGUGUCCGUCACCUACAUGGACACCGCGUCGGCCGACUCGCUCCUCCAGUGGGCAAGCACAGUUGGAAAAGCCGAAUUCUGUCUCCUGGAACAAAUUCUGCCACAUGGACCGGAUCAUCCCUUUGCCAAAACAAUGUUAAGCCAUUUCGACAAGCUCCAAACUCCACCGAGGUCAGUCCGACAAUAUCCGACCCUGGACAGCCAGCAAAGUCGCUUUCUCGAGCGAGGUUGGGCCGAUGUUGCCAUAUGGGACCUUUGGCAAGUGUGGUCUAAUGACUACUUCGUGACUGGCGACGAACGGUCUGCACUUGACCAGGUGGAGCCGUUUGAUGAAUGGGAGGAGUUCAUCUUAUUCGCGCGGCACUAUUUCAUUGUUCACGCCGUCGGCCCCGGAGUUGUCGUGGAACGCCCCGGAACUGUUGCUGCUGGAGGCCGUUCACCCCAGACGCCAUAUUCCGAGCGCCCCGAGCGCCUCGACGUCAACGUUGCAACACAUAACAGCACAGCCCCCAAGCGGCGCUAUGGGGAGGCCUUUGUUGUCUCAGACAGCCGCGGCCGGCAAUCCUUGCUUCACAUGGGUGGCCUCGGAAGUAACGGCCGGUCCGAUAGCUGGGACAUUUAUUCGCUCUCUGGGCACGAUGAACCGCCGCGAUUGCCGCUCAUGGGGCCUCCUUCCAGGAUGUGCUUCACAAUAACGGACCUCGGCAACUUUGGCAUCCUUCUGGCUGGGGGGAGAACGUCUCCAGGAAGCGCCCUCUCGGACUGCUGGUUAUUCCAGAAAGGGGCAAAACCCUCCUGGCAGAUGACCUGGCGACUUCCAGCCCCCUUGUAUAGGCACUCGGCCAUUAGGUUGAAGGGAUCGUCUCUCGCGCUAGUGAUGGGUGGCAAAACGGGCGCUUGGACAGUCUCAAGCGAGUGCUACGUUUUCUGUCCCGAAAGAGGCUGGAUGCGGUGCCAUGUCCGUGGAGCCAACCGCCCAGCGGCUUUUGGGGCCGUGUUGUACGACACUUCUCCGGAUGAGGCUCAGGAUGGAGAAUUUCAUGGUGUGCUUGCUGGAGGCAUUGGUGAGGACGGCUGCAUCUGCACUGAAGAGUACUCAUGGCGUCUCAGCGUCCUUGAAGAGCGACCGACUAUUGAAUUCAAUGUUCUCCCUGAGUCUCGACAAGUCGGAGGAGCAUGGGCUCUGUUUGGCGCGAAAUGCGUGGAUAUUGGCCCAGACUGGCUGCUCUGCGGCGGUUUGGGUCACGAGACGUCAUUUCUGGGCCGAGAGCUCGUCCUCAUCAGGAGGCAGGCUGACGGGAAGCGUAUCGCAAAGGUCCUCCGACCAAAGGACAAGCCCAUGGCAGUGCCUUUCAUGGUUGGAUGUGGCGCUGUGACGUCUUCCACCGGCGUCCUCCUUGUCGGUGGCGGAGCGACGUGCUUCUCUAUGGGGACCUUUUGGGAAGCUGGCGUUUACAGUAUCAAAAUACCGGGCGCCGAAAGCGACGAGCAUUCGAUAAACCACGGGAAACCCGCCAUCGAGUAUUCUGAGACCCGCAGAGUCGUGAGCACAGGCGGCCCCAGCGACCCUGCCAAGACGCACGGCGAGGAUGUGACCAUUACUCAAGUACCGCGAAUAAGGCUGGGACCUGAAGACGCCACGUUUGACGAAGUUCUCCUCGAUGCAAAACCUGUCAUCCUCGAGGGCCUCAACUUGGGAGCAUGUGUGGAGAAAUGGACGCCGCAGUACAUGGUGGAGAAGGUAGGCGACGAUACCGAGGUUGUCGUACAUCAGUGCCACAGAGACUCGGAGAGGAUGGACUUCAACUCGAAGAACUUUGAGUACGUCAGUGACUCCUUUGGGAAGAUUAUAAAUAAGAUGCAAUCAGGGGCUCGAAUGUAUCUGCGAUCGCUGUCCCGCGACAAGCCGUCAGGGGUGCCGACGAUUCUUGAAAACGACUUCCCGCGCCUGGCAAAAGACUUUUGUUUGCCGCCAGAGCUGGGUCACAUCCGCAAGAACCUCUUCAGCUCAGUCCUUAGAGUCUCGGGCAGGGUUAACAUGUGGCUCCACUACGAUGUCAUGGCGAACGUAUACACGCAAAUUUCGGGAGAAAAGCGCAUGAUUCUCUUCCCGCCAAGCGAUGUGACGCGCCUCUCGUUUGCGCCGGGGGCAUCCAGCUCAAGCGUCGACGUCUUCGCCGCCCUCGACGCAACGACGCGGAAGGCGGACCCAUGCAACCUGGCAGGAACCCAUCCAUACGAAGCACAUCUUGGACCUGGAGACGUACUGUUUAUUCCGGCGCUGUGGCUCCAUACUGCGACACCGUUAUCCAAGAUGAGCGUGGCAGUCAACACUUUCUUCCGCGACCUCGAGAGCGGAUACGCCGCUGGCAGGGACGUGUACGGCAACCGGGAUCUGGCGGCGUACGAGAAAGCAAGAUUGGACGUGGCGCGGAUGGCCAAGAGCUUCCAGCAGUUGCCUGUGGAGACGAGGCGCUUCUACAUGGCCCGUGUCGCCGAGGAGCUGCGCCAGGCCGCCGAUGGGGUUUGA